GAAUGAUUAAUUUUUUGUACAUUAGGACAUUUUGAUAAACAGGUGAUCUAGAAUUGUAUAUAAGCACCAAAAACUAUCUAGUGAAAUUAAUUCAUCAAAAUGUACGCUAAGAUUUUGGUUGUAUUAGUGAUAGCUGCUGUAGUUAGCAGUGAAAUUAUCAGAAUUCCUUUGAAAAAACAGCAAAAUAAUGGAGAAAGAAGAUUGGGUAAUGUUGCAAGAAGACCACUAUUCAGUAAAUUUAGAGGUCAAGGUGUAGUGCCUUUAGUCAAUGAAUACGAUCUUGAUUAUUAUGGAGAAAUAGGAGUUGGAACUCCCCCAAAAAAGUUCAACGUAAUUUUUGACACUGGUUCCACUGAUCUUUGGGUUCCUUCUUCCAAGUGCAAAGUCCAUUCAGGUCAACAGAAUGGAUGCCAAAACCACAAACAAUACGAUUCUAGCAAGUCUUCAACAUACCAGAAAAAUGGCAAACCCUUCCACAUCCAAUACGGAUCUGGAGAAUUAAGUGGUUUCCUAUCUGAAGACAGUGUAGAGGUUGGUGGUCUUCCUGUAAAGAACCAAAUCUUUGCUGAAGCAACUGAAGAAACCUCCCAGUCCUUCGUUACGAGUACAUUCGAUGGUAUUCUAGGAUUAGCUUACCCGGCUCUAUCAGAAGCAAAAGUUGCCCCAGUUUUCCAAAAUUUGAUUGAACAAGGAGCUGUUGACAAACCAGUCUUCUCCUUUUACCUGAGUCAAACUGCCAAUGGCGAUAAAGGAGAACUCUUACUUGGUGGAUCAGACUCGAAGUACUAUAAAGGAGACUUCACCUAUACACCAGUAACAAGAAAACUGUAUUGGCAAGUCACUGCACAAGGCGUUUCUGUAGGCAAUCACAAGUUAUGUCAAAAUGGAUGUGAAGCGGUUAUCGAUACUGGUACUUCUUUGAUUUAUGGACCAUCUGAGGACGUUGAAGUUAUUAACAGGGCAAUUGGUGCAAAAUAUGACUAUAAUGAAGGUGUUUAUACUGUAAAUUGUAAUGCCGAUUUGAGUGGUCUCCCUGAUGUAGUUUUUACCUUCGGCGGAAAGAAAUUUGCUGUACCUGCCAAAGCUUACAUCGUGAAAGAUGCAAAUAUUUGCGUAUCAAGUUUCUUGCCUCAAGAAUUCUUCCUCUCUGGAUUUGAAUGGUUGGUUGGAGAUUCAUUCCUGAAAACCGUUUAUACUGAAUUCGAUUUUGGUAACAACCGUAUUGGAUUCGCCGAACUUGCUUAAAUAUAUGUCAAUAUGUAAAUAAUUAAUACAUAAUUAAAUAAUAAUAAAUAUUAAAAUAAA